CUUGACCGCACGCGCUGCCGCCUAGUGCAAAUCGUGCCUGUGAACUUGCAUCGACUUUUUCAUUCGCUUUGACGAGCUCCGAUUCCCACAUUUAGCAUGUCUUCGCGUGUUGGCUGGAAUCCCACUGUCCGUAGCCGUCUAGAGAAAUUCCGUUUUGCGCUCUUUGUGAGCGUGCCGAUUGUGGUUGGGUUCGGCCUGGGCCGCUACCACGAGUUCUGGGAGUUUGUCGAGGAGUGGACUCGCUCCGCCGCUGCUAAUCCCAAGGGCCCCUACCUGCCGAAGGACCUGACGGAGCACCGGCCCACGCUGCAGAGCGAGUACAGCAAGCUCAUCCUGGAGCAGGCCCUAGACGCGGCGCUGGAGGACGCGCGCAAGGCUAAGAGCGAGCGCCUGGCGAAGCAGGCCUAGAGCAGCAGCCUAACUGGGAAAGAAGGCUCCGGCGCAGGCAUAGCAGCAGUAGCAGCCGCAGCAGUAGCAAUUCGCAGUCACGGCUAGCAGUGCCCAAUGGUCACCACGCGCAGCGGCAUCACCACCGCGGCCGACGGCGUCGCCGCUGGCACCGCCGCCACCGCCAGCAGCAAGGCGCUCCUGCGCUGCCUAGUCACCGGCGGCGCGGGCUUCCUGGGCCGCCAUGUGGUGCAGCAGCUGCUGGACAGCGGCAAGUACGAGGUGACGGUGUUUGACGUGCGGCCGCUGGAGUCGCCGCGGCCGCAUGCCAGCGUCGUGGGUGACCUGCGCAAGCCGGCGGACGUGGCGGCGGCGGUGGAGGGCAUGGAUGUGGUGUUCCACAUCGCCACCGCUGCGCCCACGGGCGAGAACGCGCUCAACAUCGCGCUGAUGAAUGGCGUCAACGUGGACGGCACGCGGCACCUGCUGGAGGCCUGCCUGGCGGCGGGCGUGGGCAAGGUGGUGUACACCAGCUCGGCGUCCGUGGUGUUUGAUGGCAAGGCGCUGGUCAUGGCGGACGAGGCGGCCACGCCCUACGCCGCCCGCCCCAUGGACCACUACACGCGCACCAAGAUCCUGGGCGAGCAGAUGGUGCUCGAGUACAACGGCAAGCCGCUGGCCAAGCCUGCGGCCGCCUCCGGCGCCACCACCUUGGCCACCGUGGCGCUGCGCCCCAGCGGCAUCUUCGGCGAGGGAGAUGCCGUGUUCGUGCCCACGCUGGCGCGCAACGCCCGCGCCGGCAAGAUGAAGUACAUCCUGGGCUCGGGGCGCAACGAGUGCGAUUUCACCUACGCCGGCAACGUGGCGCACGCGCAUCUGCUGGCAGCGGCGGCGCUGGAGCCGGGCGCAGCGCUGGCGGGCAAGCCCUACUUCGUCACCAAUGAUGAGCCCAAGCGCUUCUGGGACAUGAUGGGCGACAUGUGUGCUGGCCUGGGCUACGGCCGGCCGCGCAUCCACCUGCCCUUCCUGCUGGUGAUUGUGCUGGCCGCCAUCUUCGAGUACCUGGUUCUGCCACUGGUCAAGGCGCUGGGCAAGGAGCUGCGCAGCGACUUCACCGUGAACCGCAUCCUCAUCGCCACCACCAACCGCACCUUCAGCAUCAAGGCCGCCAAGCGCGAUUUUGCCUACACACCGCAGAUCAGCAUGAAGGACGCGAUUGCCAAGACGCUGGCGUCCUUCGCGAGCCUGCGCGCGGACGCGCCGGCGGUGGCGGGCGGGGGUGGUGGUGGUGCGGCGGCGGGUGCGGGCAAGAAGGCCGCGUGAGCGUGUGUUGAGGGUGGCGGUGUGGUGGUAGGCUGUCACGGAGAUAUGCAUAACUGCGCGCGGCAAGUCAUUGCACAUGUGAACUGUUUGGUAUGAAAAGCGUCCUGACUGAUAGGUGAUGGGUACAGUUGUGCUGUUGAGUGUGACGUGGAACGACACCUUGCCCACGACGAAACUUGCUUGGAGUGCGCAGCAUGCGCACGCUACGUACAUGUCACUCUCUAGCGGCGGUUACAUUGUUGCUUUUUAUGGAAACGUUGCGAAUGUCUGCUGGCAAGGAUGACUUUAAGCUUUGCACCGCACACAUUGACGCCCUGUCCCACACACAAAUGUCUACUUGAGUGCGUGGAUGCUAUAACCUGCAUGCGCCGUGACACAGCACCUCCACGUCAGCAAGUCAGCCCAUACCGUACGUGGUGCAAUGUAGGAACUUCCAAUCACAUGUUAUUCAGCGUUCUUGCGUGCGAUCAAUCAUAAGAUAUCAUAGUCUGGGAUUACGUUGACAAGUGUGUGAGUGCGAGAGCGUGCGAUCGUGGCUGAAUCACAUGUUGCUAUGUGGCAUCUCUGCAUGAACAUUGCACAGUUCACGAGUACGAUGUGCCUGCUAUAAGGGUUGAAGCACGCCGGGGGGCAGAGGGGCCCUGAUGGGUCAUCCAACUGCAGCCGCUGACCGCCUACACGCGUUCAUGACGUGAUGACGCUGCUUAGUGCUAUCCACCAGCCUACCGGCCCUGCGGCCCCACACCCCGCGCCCA